CUGUCAAGUCUUGAUGCAACCAAUUGUUCAAACAACGAGCUACCGUCGUCGCGUUUCGGUAUGCUGUAAGUUUUAUUACUACGAACGAACUGUAAUAUGGUUUUAAUUUUUAAAUAUAACCAACGAUAAACGAAAAAAUGCGGAUAUGGACCACCUUUAUAUUGAUAAAUAUAAUAUAUCUGACUCACGUGUCCACAGCCCCGGUGAAUAAAGGGAAAGGAAGCGGUUUGACAUCGAAAUUUGGUAAUAUUGCAGAUGCAAUUAUUAACCCGAAAUGGACAUUAAAUGUAAAGAACCAGAUUCAAAAAAAAAAGGACAAGAAUAACGAUACAGAUUCUAACAAACAAAAUGAUGAAAACAAUCCAAAUCCAUCAAAUGAUGAUACAAACGAUCCAAAUCCAUCAAAUGAUGAUACAAAUGAUCCAAAUCCAUCAAAUGAUGAUACAAACGAUCCAAGUAUAACAAAUAGUGAUAAUGAUGAUUCUCUUAACGACAAAAAACCCAAUCAUAAUAAAAAAAGAAAAAAAAAUAAUAAAAAAAAAAAUAAUAAGCCUAAUGGAAAAUCUAACAGAAAUCAGAGAGGACACACAUGGUACAAAAUGGUUACAGUGGAAGAUUUACUAGGUAAUUUACCAGAAUAUAUAAAUCAUGAAGAUGAACAAAAGAUUGUUUUGACAUGGGACGAAGAACAAAAAAUUGUAUUGGACGAGCAUUUUGGCACAUUUUCAAUGAACAAUUUAAACGAUAAUCAAUUUAUUCGCCAAAAAAGAGAUUAUAAUAAUAAAUUAGAACUUCAAGAUAAUAGAUUACAAACCAAAAUUGAUAAUCAAUACGACUUGGAGGAAAAUGAAAAUAAAGAAGAUAAAUUAAAAAUAGAAAAUAAAGAAAAUUUUGAACAGAAAAAUAUUAAUACAAACCAAUCUAAAGGCCAAAACAGUUUUGAAGAGAAACUAAGUUUAAUUGACAAUCUAGACGAAGAUGAAAAUAGUAUGAACAGUAAUAGUAGUGAUAAUAUUAACGAAAACAAAAAGUUUUUAAAUUUUAAAAAGCCAAAUGAUAAUAAAUUUAAGGAUAUGUUAAAAAAUAGAAAACAACCAACAAAUACAUUAAGAAACAAAAAAAGGCAACCGAACCAGGGUAAAAAACCAAAUAAUAUUAAUGAAAAUGUAUCAAAUCAGGAAAUUAUUACGUCCAACUUGCCAAAUUCAAGAGAUAUAUUAGUAAUAUCAUAUGAUGAACCGGAACUUCCCACAGAAACAAAUGGUAACAUUGCCAAAAAAACCCCAGUAAAUGAUGAAAUUGAAACAUUAAUGAACACAAUGAAUUCUAAUUCAGAAGAAGAUUCUGAUGAAAAAAAUUCUACAUCACAUUCAUCAUCAUUAAAAACGCCAAACGAAAUUCCAAAUUACAGCGUCAUCGAAGAUAAUAAACAACAUAAUAUUCUAAAAAAUAUAAAACAUAAUAAAUUUAAGCCUAAAUCAAGAAAAUUAGGGAAAAGGCAAAUAAAAGAAAACGAAAAACUACCAGAAAUAAAAAAAAAAAAAAUAAGUAACCCAUCAAGACUAAGCACAAUCAACAAAAAAGGUCUACAACCAAAAAAUAAUACACCAAUAACUCCAAGUAAAAAUGAUCAAACUAAGCCAUCAAUCGAUAAUCCGAAAACUACCGAUACAGGAAUCACUGACAAAACACAAGACAAUCCAGUAAAUAACGAAAUUGAUGCAUUAAUGAAUGUGAUGAAUUCUAAUUCAGAAGAAGAUUCAGAAAGUCGAAAUUCUGGAUCAAAUACAUCAUUAUCAGAAAGACAACUAGAUAUUCCAAAUUAUAGUGACAUCGAAGAUAAUAAAGGACAUAACAUUAUUAAAAAUAUAAAACAUAAUAAAUUUAAACCCAAAUCAAGAAAAUUAGGAAAAAAUCGGUCAAAAAAAAACGAAAAAGGAUCACAACCCAAAAGUGCUACACCGAAAUCUCCAAGUAAAAGCAAUCAACAAACCCCAUCAAUCGCUUUUCCAAAAACUGCAAAAGCAGGAAACGCUGACGAUCUACAAGGCAUUCCAGGAAAUGAUGAAAUUGAUGCAUUAAUGAAUGCGAUGAAUUCAGGUGAAGAUGAAGAUUCAGCUGAUAAAAAUUCAGAAUCCAAUCCAUCAUCGUUCGAAAUAAAACAAGACAUUCCGGAUGAGGACGAUCUUGGAGAUAGAAAGGAACGUGAUAUUGUAAAGAAUAUAAAACAUCCAGUAAGCCCUAAAUCGAAAAAGCAAGGGAAAAUUGGGCCUAACAAAGACAAAAAAUUGCCACAGACCAACAAACAAAAUCUAAAUUCUCCAUCAGGAGUAAAAAACAAUGACGUAGAAGGUUUACAACCCAAAAGUGCUACACUGGAAUCUCCAAGUAAAAGCAAUCAACAAACCCCAUCAAUCGCUUUUCCAAAAACUGCAAAAGCAGAAAACGCUGACGAUCUACAAGGCAUUCCAGGAAAUGAUGAAAUUGAUGCAUUAAUGAAUGCGAUGAAUUCAGAUGAUGAAGAUUCAGCUGAUAAAAAUUCAGAAUCCAAUCCAUCAUCGUUCGAAAUAAAACAAGACAUUCCGGAUGAGGACGAUCUUGGAGAUAGAAAGGAACGUGAUAUUGUAAAGAAUAUAAAACAUCCAGUAAGCCCUAAAUCGAAAAAGCAAGGGAAAAUUGGGCCUAACAAAGACAAAGAAUUGCCACAGACCAACAAACAAAAUCUAAAUUCUCCAUCAGGAGUAAAAAACAAUGACGUAGAAGGUUUACAACCCAAAAGUGCUACACCGAAAUCUCCAAGUAAAAGCAAUCAACAAACCCCAUCAAUCGCUUUUCCAAAAACUGCAAAAGCAGAAAACGCUGACGAUCUACAAGGCAUUCCAGGAAAUGAUGAAAUUGAUGCAUUAAUGAAUGCGAUGAAUUCAGAUGAUGAAGAUUCAGCUGAUAAAAAUUCAGAAUCCAAUCCAUCAUCGUUCGAAAUAAAACAAGACAUUCCGGAUGAGGACGAUCUUGGAGAUAGAAAGGAACGUGAUAUUGUAAAGAAUAUAAAACAUCCAGUAAGCCCUAAAUCGAAAAAGCAAGGGAAAAUUGGGCCUAACAAAGACAAAGAAUUGCCACAGACCAACAAACAAAAUCUAAAUUCUCCAUCAGGAGUAAAAAACAAUGACGUAGAAGGUUUACAACCCAAAAGUGCUACACCGAAAUCUCCAAGUAAAAGCAAUCAACAAACCCCAUCAAUCGCUAUUCCAAAAACUGCAAAAGCAGAAAACGCUGACGAUCUACAAGGCAUUCCAGGAAAUGAUGAAAUUGAUGCAUUAAUGAAUGCGAUGAAUUCAGGUGAAGAUGAAGAUUCAGCUGAUAAAAAUUCAGAAUCCAAUCCAUCAUCGUUCGAAAUAAAACAAGACAUUCCGGAUGAGGACGAUCUUGGAGAUAGAAAGGAACGUGAUAUUGUAAAGAAUAUAAAACAUCCAGUAAGCCCUAAAUCGAAAAAGCAAGGGGAAAUUGGGCCUAACAAAGACAAAAAAUUGCCAGACACAAACAAGGCCAAACCUAAUCCGUUGCAAAAAAACAAACCGUUUAAAAAAUUGAAUCCUCUAGACAAAACAGGUUUGAAAACUCCUGAAUCGGCAGAUGAUAUUUUUCCAACAGAAUCUGAAGAAUUAAAGGACUUUUUGGACGAAAUACCUUAUGACGACAUUGACGAGUCGAAUACUUUGGAAGAUAUCAAUAAUUUUGGAGGUACGACGAUGGAGGAUAUUGAUAAAAAUAAAAACAAAGACAGUUUACCUUCCUCAAAAUUAAAUAACAAUAAAAACAAAGACCACGAUAAAAAUCCUCAAAAAACAAAUCAACCUACGUCAUUGAAUUCAAAUACUGGAAAAUCAAUCCCUGAAAGCAAUGUUGGUGAUAAUAACAAAAUUAAUUCACCUUCCCCCAGUACUCCAACAGGUAUUAAACAAAAUCCUGAGAGUCCUUCUGAUAUUCAAGAUAAAAAAAACCUAGACGAUAGAUCUGAUGCGGAUAUAAUUGACGAUUUAUUAGAUAGCCCGAUAGGAUUAGACGGAAAAUAUUCACCUAAAAAAUUAAUUGCUGAUACGAACAAUAUUCCGGACUCAAAAAUAGAUAACAAGUUACAAAAUGCUAAUGAUGAUACAUUGACAAAGUCUCCAGCAGAAAAUGACAUCCAACCUAAUCCGUUGCAAAAAAACAAACCGUUUAAAAAAAUGAAUCCUCUAGACAAAACAGGUUUGAAAACUCCUGAAUCGGCAGAUGAUAUUUUUCCAACAGAAUCUGAAGAAUUAAAGGACUUUUUGGACGAAAUACCUUAUGACGACAUUGACGAGUCGAAUACUUUGGAAGAUAUCAAUAAUUUUGGAGGUACGACGAUGGAGGAUAUUGAUAAAAAUAAAAACAAAGACAGUUUACCUUCCUCAAAAUUAAAUAACAAUAAAAACAAAGACCACGAUAAAAAUCCUCAAAAAACAAAUCAACCUACGUCAUUGAAUUCAAAUACUGGAAAAUCAAUCCCUGAAAGCAAUGUUGGUGAUAAUAACAAAAUUAAUUCACCUUCCCCCAGUACUCCAACAGGUAUUAAACAAAAUUCUGAGAGUCCUUCUGAUAUUCAAGAUAAAAAAAACCUAGACGAUAGAUCUGAUGCGGAUAUAAUUGACGAUUUAUUAGAUAGCCCGUUAGGAUUAGACGGAAAAUAUUCACCUAAAAAAUUAAUUGCUGAUACGAACAAUAUUCCGGACUCAAAAAUAGAUAACAAGUUACAAAAUGCUAAUGAUUAUACAUUGACAAAGUCUCCAGCAGAAAAUGACAUCCAACCUAAUCCGUUGCAAAAAAACAAACCGUUUAAAAAAAUGAAUCCUCUAGACAAAACAGGUUUGAAAACUCCUGAAUCGGCAGAUGAUAUUUUUCCAACAGAAUCUGAAGAAUUAAAGGACUUUUUGGACGAAAUACCUUAUGACGACAUUGACGAGUCGAAUACUUUGGAAGAUAUCAAUAAUUUUGGAGGUACGACGAUGGAGGAUAUUGAUAAAAAUAAAAACAAAGACAGUUUACCUUCCUCAAAAUUAAAUAACAAUAAAAACAAAGACCACGAUAAAAAUCCUCAAAAAACAAAUCAACCUACGUCAUUGAAUUCAAAUACUGGAAAAUCAAUCCCUGAAAGCAAUGUUGGUGAUAAUAACAAAAUUAAUUCACCUUCCCCCAGUACUCCAACAGGUAUUAAACAAAAUCCUGAGAGUCCUUCUGAUAUUCAAGAUAAAAAAAACCUAGACGAUAGAUCUGAUGCGGAUAUAAUUGACGAUUUAUUAGAUAGCCCGUUAGGAUUAGACGGAAAAUAUUCACCUAAAAAAUUAAUUGCUGAUACGAACAAUAUUCCGGACUCAAAAAUAGAUAACAAGUUACAAAAUGCUAAUGAUUAUACAUUGACAAAGUCUCCAGCAGAAAAUGACAUCCAACCUAAUCCGUUGCAAAAAAACAAACCGUUUAAAAAAUUGAAUCCUCUAGACAAAACAGGUUUGAAAACUCCUGAAUCGGCAGAUGAUAUUUUUCCAACAGAAUCUGAAGAAUUAAAGGACUUUUUGGACGAAAUACCUUAUGACGACAUUGACGAGUCGAAUACUUUGGAAGAUAUCAAUAAUUUUGGAGGUACGACGAUGGAGGAUAUUGAUAAAAAUAAAAACAAAGACAGUUUACCUUCCUCAAAAUUAAAUAACAAUAAAAACAAAGACCACGAUAAAAAUCCUCAAAAAACAAAUCAACCUACGUCAUUGAAUUCAAAUACUGGAAAAUCAAUCCCUGAAAGCAAUGUUGGUGAUAAUAACAAAAUUAAUUCACCUUCCCCCAGUACUCCAACAGGUAUUAAACAAAAUCCUGAGAGUCCUUCUGAUAUUCAAGAAAAAAUGAACCUAGACGAUAGAUCUGAUGCGGAUAUAAUUGACGAUUUAUUAGAUAGCCCGAUAGGAUUAGACGGAAAAUAUUCACCUAAAAAAUUAAUUGCUGAUACGAACAAUAUUCCGGACUCAAAAAUAGAUAACAAGUUACAAAAUGCUAAUGAUGAUACAUUGACAAAGUCUCCAGCAGAAGAUGACAUCCAACCUAAUCCGUUGCAAAAAAACAAACCGUUUAAAAAAAUGAAUCCUCUAGACAAAACAGGUUUGAAAACUCCUGAAUCGGCAGAUGAUAUUUUUCCAACAGAAUCUGAAGAAUUAAAGGACUUUUUGGACGAAAUACCUUAUGACGACAUUGACGAGUCGAAUACUUUGGAAGAUAUCAAUAAUUUUGGAGGUACGACGAUGAAGGAUAUUGAUAAAAAUAAAAACAAAGACAGUUUACCUUCCUCAAAAUUAAAUAACAAUAAAAACAAAGACCACGAUAAAAAUCCUCAAAAAACAAAUCAACCUACGUCAUUGAAUUCAAAUACUGGAAAAUCAAUCCCUGAAAGCAAUGUUGGUGAUAAUAACAAAAUUAAUUCACCUUCCCCCAGUACUCCAACAGGUAUUAAACAAAAUCCUGAGAGUCCUUCUGAUAUUCAAGAUAAAAAAAACCUAGACGAUAGAUCUGAUGCGGAUAUAAUUGACGAUUUAUUAGAUAGCCCGUUAGGAUUAGACGGAAAAUAUUCACCUAAAAAAUUAAUUGCUGAUACGAACAAUAUUCCGGACUCAAAAAUAGAUAACAAGUUACAAAAUGCUAAUGAUUAUACAUUGACAAAGUCUCCAGCAGAAAAUGACAUCCAACCUAAUCCGUUGCAAAAAAACAAACCGUUUAAAAAAUUGAAUCCUCUAGACAAAACAGGUUUGAAAACUCCUGAAUCGGCAGAUGAUAUUUUUCCAACAGAAUCUGAAGAAUUAAAGGACUUUUUGGACGAAAUACCUUAUGACGACAUUGACGAGUCGAAUACUUUGGAAGAUAUUAAUAAUCUUGGAGGUACGACGAUGGAGGAUAUUGAUAAAAAUAAAAACAAAGACAGUUUACCUUCCUCAAAAUUAAAUAACAAUAAAAACAAAGACCACGAUAAAAAUCCUCAAAAAACAAAUCAACCUUCUUCAUUGAAUUCAAAUACUGGAAAAUCAAUCCCUGAAAGCAAUGUUGGUGAUAAUAACAAAAUUAAUUCACCUUCCCCCAGUACUCCAACAGGUAUUAAACAAAAUCCUGAGAGUCCUUCUGAUAUUCAAGAAAAAAUAAACCUAGACGAUACAUCUGAUGCGGAUAUAAUUGACGAUUUAUUAGAUAGCCCGAUAGGAUUAGACGGAAAAUAUUCACCUAAAAAAUUAAUUGCUGAUACGAACAAUAUUCCGGACUCAAAAAUAGAUAACAAGUUACAAAAUGCUAAUGAUGAUACAUUGACAAAGUCUCCAGCAGAAAAUGACAUCCAACCUAAUCCGUUGCAAAAAAACAAACCGUUUAAAAAAAUGAAUCCUCUAGACAAAACAGGUUUGAAAACUCCUGAAUCGGCAGAUGAUAUUUUUCCAACAGAAUCUGAAGAAUUAAAGGACUUUUUGGACGAAAUACCUUAUGACGACAUUGACGAGUCGAAUACUUUGGAAGAUAUCAAUAAUUUUGGAGGUACGACGAUGGAGGAUAUUGAUAAAAAUAAAAACAAAGACAGUUUACCUUCCUCAAAAUUAAAUAACAAUAAAAACAAAGACCACGAUAAAAAUCCUCAAAAAACAAAUCAACCUACGUCAUUGAAUUCAAAUACUGGAAAAUCAAUCCCUGAAAGCAAUGUUGGUGAUAAUAACAAAAUUAAUUCACCUUCCCCCAGUACUCCAACAGGUAUUAAACAAAAUCCUGAGAGUCCUUCUGAUAUUCAAGAAAAAAUGAACCUAGACGAUAGAUCUGAUGCGGAUAUAAUUGACGAUUUAUUAGAUAGCCCGAUAGGAUUAGACGGAAAAUAUUCACCUAAAAAAUUAAUUGCUGAUACGAACAAUAUUCCGGACUCAAAAAUAGAUAACAAGUUACAAAAUGCUAAUGAUGAUACAUUGACAAAGUCUCCAGCAGAAAAUGACAUCCAACCUAAUCCGUUGCAAAAAAACAAACCGUUUAAAAAAAUGAAUCCUCUAGACAAAACAAGUUUGAAAACUCCUGAAUCGGCAGAUGAUAUUUUUCCAACAGAAUCUGAAGAAUUAAAGGACUUUUUGGACGAAAUACCUUAUGACGACAUUGACGAGUCGAAUACUUUGGAAGAUAAUAAUUUUGGAGGUACGACGAUGGAGGAUAUUGAUAAAAAUAAAAACAAAGACAGUUUACCUUCCUCAAAAUUAAAUAACAAUAAAAACAAAGACCACGAUAAAAAUCCUCAAAAAACAAAUCAACCUACGUCAUUGAAUUCAAAUACUGGAAAAUCAAUCCCUGAAAGCAAUGUUGGUGAUAAUAACAAAAUUAAUUCACCUUCCCCCAGUACUCCAACAGGUAUUAAACAAAAUCCUGAGAGUCCUUCUGAUAUUCAAGAUAAAAUAAACCUAGAAGAUACUUCGGACUCGAAUACACUUAAUGAUUUAUUGGGAAGCCCCGAAGGAUUAGAUGGAGUCGAAUCGCCGAAACUAGUAAUCGAUGAUACAGAUAUUAUUCCAAUACCAGAAAUAGAUGACAUAUUACAUAAUUCUAACGAUAACACAUUGACAACGACUUCCCCAGAUGCUAAUAUCAAUACUGUUCCGUUACUAAAAGAUAAAUCGACUGAAAUUAUAAGUCUUUUAGAAGACACAGAUUUAAAAACACCCGAGAUUACAGACGGUAUUGUUCCAACAGAAGCGGACGAAUUGAAGGAAUUUUUGGCAGAAAUUCCUUAUGAUGACGACGUUAUAACUGAUAUUUCGGGAGAGUAUAAUAAUUUAGGAGGUUUUACAAUGGAGGAUUCUGAUGUAAAAUCUAAUCCAGACAAUAAUGUGGGUGAUGACAAAAAUAUUAAUUCACCUUCCCCCAGUACUCCAGCAGAUAUUAAAGAAAAUCCUAAGAACCUUUCUGAUAUUCAAGAUAAAAUAAACCUAGAAGAUACUUCGGACUCGAAUACACUUAAUGAUUUAUUGGGAAGCCCCGAAGGAUUAGAUGGAGUCGAAUCGCCGAAACUAGUAAUCGAUGAUACAGAUAUUAUUCCAAUACCAGAAAUAGAUGACAUAUUACAUAAUUCUAACGAUAACACAUUGACAACGACUUCCCCAGAUGCUGAUAUCAAUACUGUUCCGUUACUAAAAGAUAAAUCGACUGAAAUUAUAAGUCUUUUAGAAAACACAGAUUUAAAAACACCCGAGAUUACAGACGGUAUUGUUCCAACAGAAGCGGACGAAUUGAAGGAAUUUUUGGCAGAAAUUCCUUAUGAUGACGACGUUAUAACUGAUAUUUCGGGAGAGUAUAAUAAUUUAGGAGGUUUUACAAUGGAGGAUUCUGAUGUAAAAUCUAAUCCAGACAAUAAUGUGGGUGAUGACAAAAAUAUUAAUUCACCUUCCCCCAGUACUCCAGCAGAUAUUAAAGAAAAUCCUAAGAACCUUUCUGAUAUUCAAGAUAAAAUAAACCUAGAAGAUACUUCGGACUCGAAUACACUUAAUGAUUUAUUGGGAAGCCCCGAAGGAUUAGAUGGAGUCGAAUCGCCGAAACUAGUAAUCGAUGAUACAGAUAUUAUUCCAAUACCAGAAAUAGAUGACAUAUUACAUAAUUCUAACGAUAACACAUUGACAACGACUUCCCCAGAUGCUGAUAUCAAUACUGUUCCGUUACUAAAAGAUAAAUCGACUGAAAUUAUAAGUCUUUUAGAAAACACAGAUUUAAAAACACCCGAGAUUACAGACGGUAUUGUUCCAACAGAAGCGGACGAAUUGAAGGAAUUUUUGGCAGAAAUUCCUUAUGAUGACGACGUUAUAACUGAUAUUUCGGGAGAGUAUAAUAAUUUAGGAGGUUUUACAAUGGAGGAUUCUGAUGUAAAAUCUAAUCCAGACAAUAAUGUGGGUGAUGACAAAAAUAUUAAUUCACCUUCCCCCAGUACUCCAGCAGAUAUUAAAGAUGAUCCUAAGAAUCUUUCUGUUAUUCAAGAUAAAAUAAACCUAGAAGAUACUUCGGACUCGAAUACACUUAAUGAUUUAUUGGGAAGCCCCGAAGGAUUAGAUGGAGUCGAAUCGCCGAAACCAGUAAUCGAUGAUACAGAUAUUAUUCCAAUAUCAGAAAUAGAUGACAUAUUACAUAAUUCUAACGAUAACACAUUGACAACGACUUCCCCAGAUGAUGAUAUCAAUACUGUUCCGUUACUAAAAGAUAAAUCGACUGAAAUUAUAAGUCUUUUAGAAGACACAGAUUUAAAAACACCCGAGAUUACAGACGGUAUUGUUCCAACAGAAGCGGACGAAUUGAAGGAAUUUUUGGCAGAAAUUCCUUAUGAUGACGACGUUAUAACUGAUAUUUCGGGAGAGUAUAAUAAUUUAGGAGGUUUUACAAUGGAGGAUUCUGAUGUAAAAUCUAAUCCAGACAAUAAUGUGGGUGAUGACAAAAAUAUUAAUUCACCUUCCCCCAGUACUCCAGCAGAUAUUAAAGAUGAUCCUAAGAAUCUUUCUGUUAUUCAAGAUAAAAUAAACCUAGAAGAUACUUCGGACUCGAAUACACUUAAUGAUUUAUUGGGAAGCCCCGAAGGAUUAGAUGGAGUCGAAUCGCCGAAACCAGUAAUCGAUGAUACAGAUAUUAUUCCAAUAUCAGAAAUAGAUGACAUAUUACAUAAUUCUAACGAUAACACAUUGACAACGACUUCCCCAGAUGAUGAUAUCAAUACUGUUCCGUUACUAAAAGAUAAAUCGACUGAAAUUAUAAGUCUUUUAGAAGACACAGAUUUAAAAUCACCCGAGAUUACAGACGGUAUUGUUCCAACAGAAGCGGACGAAUUGAAGGAGUUUUUGGCAGAAAUUCCUUAUGAUGAAGACGUUAUAACUGAUAUUUCGGGAGAGUAUAAUAAUUUAGGAGGUUUUACAAUGGAGGAUUCUGAUGUAAAAUCUAAUCCAGACAAUAAUGUGGGUGAUGACAAAAAUAUUAAUUCACCUUCCCCCAGUACUCCAGCAGAUAUUAAAGAAAAUCCUAAGAACCUUUCUGUUAUUCAAGAUAAAAUAAACCUAGAAGAUACUUCGGACUCGAAUACACUUAAUGAUUUAUUGGGAAGCCCCGAAGGAUUAGAUGGAGUCGAAUCGCCGAGACCAGUAAUCGAUGAUACAGAUAUUAUUCCAAUAUCAGAAAUAGAUGACAUAUUACAUAAUUCUAACGAUAACACAUUGACAACGACUUCCCCAGAUGCUGAUAUCAAUACUGUUCCGUUACUAAAAGAUAAAUCGACUGAAAUUAUAAGUCUUUUAGAAGACACAGAUUUAAAAUCACCCGAGAUUACAGUCAGUACUGUUCCAUUAGAAACGGACGAUUUAAAGAAAUUUUUGGCAGAAAUCCCUCAUAAUUAUGAUACAUCCGAUAUUGGUGAAGAGUAUAAUAAUUUAGGUUUGAUAAUGGAGGAUAUUGAUAAGAAUAAAAUAAAAGAUAAUUCACUUUCUCCGAAAUUAAAUAACAUUAAAAACAAAGACCACAAUGAUAGUCCCCAAAAAAUAAAUCAACCUACGUCAUUCAAUUCAAAUACUGGAAAAUUUAAUCCUGUAAACGCUGUGGGCGAUAAUAAUAAUAUUAAUUCACCCUCUCCCAGUACUCCAACGGGUAUUAAAGAAAAUCCUAAGAAAAUACCUGAACGACAAGAUAAAAUAAACCUUUACGAAACAUCAGAUUCGAAUAUUAUUGACGAUUUAUUAGGUAGCCCAAUAGGAUUAGAUGAAUCAUCUAAUUCAGCUAUUGAUGAUACAAACAUAAUUCCGAAAUCAGAAAUAGAUAACAAGUUACACAAUUCCAAAGAAGACACAUCGACUCUUCGUCCUGUAUCUGAUAAAUUAAAGAAUGACAAUAAAACACCUUUGUCGGAGAUUUCUUUAAAUGGAAUUGACAGGCAUUCUUCGGGCUUAAAUUUAAUGCAUAAUUAUAAUUAUAAUAAAUUGGAUAACGGUGAUGCUAUUAAUGUUAAUCAUGGUUAUGUAACUAACCCUAUGAUUGAUUAUAAUUCCAAUGAUGCAUUUUCAUUAGAAGGUGAUAAUCCAUAUGGUUAUAUGAUACCUAAGUUUAGCACAAAGUAUAUUGAUGGCGGUGAUUCAAAUUAUAAUUUAUGGGAAACAAUUCCGCCCAAAAGAAAUUAUGACAUUAAUAUACAUAACGGAUAUGAUAAUUAUAUUAAUGAUUUAAAUCAAUCUACUGGUUAUCCUCUUAACAAUAACAAAAUUCCAAGUCAUAUUAAUAACGAGAAAAAUAUUGUAACGGAAACUGAAACGGUCAAAAACAAUUAUAAUGAUAUAGUAAAUACCGAUAAUCAUGAUAGUCAUGAUAAAUUGUACGAUGAUUUUAUUAAAAAAAUGUCUGAGCAAUUACUUAAUAAAAUCGAUAAUAUUGAUGAUAAACUUUCUAAACUAGAUAAAUUAUCUAAGAAUUGUUCUUGUAUGAGAGAAAAUGACAACAUAGGAUCUCACGAUUCAAGUAUCAACAAAGUUGUACUAAUAAAUGAUAUUCCUAUUACUAAACCAGAAAAAUUGAUGAAUAUCGAAGAGUCUGAUUCAAAUACAAAUAAACCAAUAGAAAGUCUUGAGAUAAAGAUAAGUAAUAAAAGUGUUGAUGGAAAUGAAACCAAGGAUUCUACAAAAGCAAAGAAACAUAAAAAUAAAAAACAUGGAAAACAUAACAAAAAAAAAGAUCAUAAGAAAAAUAAUAUAAGUAAUGAUGAUGAUGAUGAUGAUGAUGGUGACGAUGAUGAUUAUAGUGAUGAUGAUGAUAAUGAUGAUGAUGUUGAUAAUAAUAGUGAUGAUGAUGGAACGCAUGAAAAAAGUAAACUGGAUAAGAUCAAAGAUACAAAUGAUGAUGAUGGCAAGCAUAAAAAGAAAAAACGUCAUAAAAAUAAAAAUAUAAAUAAUGAUGAUGAUAGCAAUCAUAAAAAGAAUAAACAUCAUAAAAGUAAAGACUUAAUUAAUGAUGACAAAGGUAAGCAUAAAAAAAAUAAACGUCGUAAGAAUAAAGAUAUAAAUGACGAUGAUAAUGGCGAACAUAUAAAGAAUAAAGGUAAGCAUAAAAAAAAUAAACGUCGUAAGAACAAAGAUAUAAAUGAAAAUGAUGAUGGCGAACAUCUAAAGAAUAAAGGUCGUAAAAAAAAUAUAAGAAUUGAUGAUAAUAAUGAUGAUGAUGGUGGUGGGCAUAAAAAAAAAAAUCAUAAAAAAAAACAUUUUAAGGACGAUGAUAAUGAUGAUGUUGGUAGACAUAAAAAAAAUAAAAGUCAUAAUAAAAAUGAUUUAAAUGAUGAAGAUGUCGAAAUAUUCCGAAGUAAAAACACUGAUAAUAGAAAGAAAAAAAUAAUUAAAAAAAAUAUUUAUUCAUCUGAGGAAAAUAAUGAAGUUAAUGGUUCCAGCAUUCAAAUUAACAGUGACGAUAAUGAUUCUCUAAAAAGAUUAAAAAUCAAAAAUAAUAAAUCAAAAAUUUCCAAAAAAACAAAUUCAAAUAAUAGCAAAAAAUUGUUACCUAAAGAGAAGUCAAAAUAUCUAAAACAUUCCAAAACUAUAAAAUAUAAAAAUAAAAAGAUUCCUGUAGAUGUCAGUGAUGAAGAUACAAAUGAAAAUAAUUAUAAUUCAGAAGAAACCUACGUAAAAUAUAAUCAAAACAAUGUACUAAAAGAUAAAAAGCAUAAAAAUAAGAAGCAUAAUAAAUAUUUAAAAACUAGUAAAACUUACAACUAUAAAGAAAUACCCGUAGAUAACGAAGAUAAAAGUUCUGAUGAAAAUAAUGUUAAUUUAGAAGAAACCUAUAAUAUAAACAUUACUAGUGAUGAUGAUGCGCUGAAACAGAAAAAGCUUAGACAUAAAAAAAUUAAAAAACAGAAGAAUAUCGAUAUUAAUAUUGUAAAAGACACUGACACUCAAGUUCUUAAUAACGAUAAUAAUACGAAUAAUGGAUAUAAAUUUUACACAUUUUAUCCUCAAUAUCGAUAUACAAAUCCAUUUUCAAGACUUUUUUACUAACUCAUAUUAUACGUACGAUAAUAUUGUUUGGUAAAGACUUGUAAAAAUAACUUGUUAUAAUAGUUCCGUGUGAAAACUGUUUUAACACAGGUACCUUUUUUUCAAUACUGACCAAAUUUAUAAGCUGUGAUUAUAUUAUUAUCAAUGAACAUGUAUUCACAUCUGGACUCCAAAGACAUAUAAUUAAUACCUAAAUUAUAAAUAAUAUAAUACAUAAAUAGAAAGAUAUUAUUAUCUUAUAAAUAAUUUCGUCCAAUUAUUUUAUCGUUUAAGAUUUAUAUUUAAUUAAUUAACUUGUACUAGAUUAUUUCUCAAUAUAUUCUUGCUAUAUUAUUAAAACUUGUAUAAUUCAUUUAAAAAAUAUUAUUAUAUUGUUUACUAAUUUAGAUAAAAAAAGUUUGAGCAAGUUACAAAUAUGUAAAAUAUUACAAUUUAAAAUACUAAAAAUUCCCUUAAGAAUAGUCUAUACUAUAAACUAUAACAUAAAAGUUAAUGUAGCAUAAAUGUAUAGUUCUGAUGAACGUACCUACAUUUAUUGUCGUGUGUAUGUGCAAGUGUUUAUAACAUUCUCUUAAGAAGUUAGAUGUAAUUUUUUUUUACAUUAAUUUACUUUAAUAAUAUAUACCCAAGUACUCAAUUAA